AGGGCUCUUACACAAAUUUAGGGUUCUUCGAGAUAGGCGAUGGAAGCGGAUGUGGCGGCUGCCCAUGCCGGGAUAGCGCAUUUCUCCCACCUCGCCGGCAAAUGUGAGAAUCUUGGGGCAUCCAGCUGAUUUUGCCUCGAAAUGGCUGCUUUCAAUCGAUUUGCGCUGUUGGGCGACGAUGAGGACGAGGAUCCUGUAGCGAAGUACAGCACGGCUGCCACCGCGGCGGCGCCUCCAGCUCCAAGCAAAUCCUCGCCCAAGAAGGAUCUCCAUCAUGCAAAGCUUCCUUCCAAGCCUCUUCCUCCGGCCGAAUCCGUGAGGGCUGAGAAGGAAGCCCAGGCCGGUCGUGGCCGCGGCCGUGGAAGGGCUGGAAGGGGCCGCGAGAAUCUCGUGGCUGGAGGAGAUUCUGCCAGUGAUCGCGACCGUGAUCACAGCGAUCGAGGUGGUCGCGGAGGAGGCCGAGGGGGUUACUACAACAGGAGCUUUGCUUCCGACGGUGAACGAAGUUUUGAUGGUGGGAGAGAUCGCCAAGGACGAGGUGGAGGAGGUAGAGGAGGCUUCUAUCCUCCAGAUGAGCAACGCAGCGGGGGCGCGCCACCAGAGGUUGCUGGGAGCAAGUUUGAGCAAGUUGUAGCUCCUCCUCCGGAUGCCUCGCAAGAGACUGACAAGAACACCGAAGACAAAAAAGAGGAAGCACCGGAAGAAAAAGAGAUGACACUGGAUGAGUAUGAGAAGAUAGUGCAGGAGCGGCGCAAGAGCAUCGGGGGUCACCAGAAAGCCGAGGAACGCAAAGUGGAAGCCGACAGUGAGCUCAGAGCGAUGCAGCUAGUGGACAAGAAGAACGAUGCCGACGUCUUUAUCAAACUGGGAUCUGACAAAGAUAAGCUCAAGAAGAAGGACGCGGCCGAAAGAGACGAGAAAUCUAAGAAGGCAAUCAAUAUCAACGAGUUCCUGAGACCAGCUGAUGGAAGCCCUCGCGGUGGAAGAGGGCGAGGACGAGGGAGUGGAUUCCAAUCGCCCUCUGGAGCUCGCUACUCGGCCGCUGGAGGAGGAGACGCUCUAAGCCCGAGCAUCAACAGCCCCCAAGAGUUUCCACAGCUGGGAAAGAACUUCGUAUCUUAAUGUAACUUCCGUCUUUUCCAUCAGACAAGUACAUAUAGAAUCUUCCUGCAUUGAUUCCA